UCCCUUCUCUUCAUCCUUCCCUCCCUCAUUUUCUUCUUCUUCUCAUUGUCUCAAUCCCCUUUCGUGUUCUCCUCCUCUCAUUUUCGCAGAAGAAUCUCACUUUCUGUCGUAUUCUCUCUCAUCUAGCGACUGAGAUGACCGUCGUAAGGGGAUUGGAUGAAGAAUUGACGAACGAGUUUGAAGAGGUGCGGCCUCCCACGCUGCGGAGCGUUGUCAGCUGCAAUGGUCCACGGAGAACGAGCAACUUUACGUUUAGGGCACCGCAAGAAAACUUCACCAUCGAUGAUUUUGAGCUGGGACCGGUCCUCGGCGUUGGUUCUUUUUCCAAGGUAGUCAGGGUAAAGAAGAAAGACACUGGAAAUGUUUAUGCUUUGAAGAUCAUGGACAAGGAUUUUAUUACAAAACAACAUAAAGUAUCCCACGUAAAACAGGAGCGCAUUGUACUCGAUCAACUAAAUCAUCCCGGGAUUGUUCAGCUUUUGUUCACAUUCCAAGAUUCUUAUUCCCUUUACAUGGCUUUCGAAGCAUGUGAAGGAGGAGAGCUAUUUGAUCAAAUAACCAGGAAAGGCCGUAUCUUUGAGGAUGAGGCUCGCUUUUAUAUAGCAGAAAUUAUUGAUGUGUUGGAAUAUCUACAUGGUAUUGGAUUGAUUCAUCGUGAUAUUAAGCCAGAGAAUUUGCUCCUUACUGCUAACGGUCAUGUCAAAGUUGCGGAUUUUGGUAGUGUAAAGGUAACUGAAGGCACCAGAAUCUUACUACCUCCACUUGCAGCAAGUGAAACAACUGGUUCCUUCGAGGGAACUGCUGCAUAUGUUCCUCCAGAAGUACUUAACACUUCUACAACUACUAUAGCAAAUGAUCAUUGGGCUCUUGGGUGCACCUUGUACCAAAUGCUUUCUGGAACUUCUCCCUUCCAAGAUUCUAGUGAAUGGCUUAUGUUUAAGAAAAUCAAAUCAAGAGAUAUUAAGUUCCCAGUUUACUUUUCUGAUGAAGCCAUUGAUCUGAUUGAUAACUUAUUGGAUAUGGAUCCUGGAAGAAGAUUGGGUGUUGGCCCUGGUGGUUAUCCUGCCCUGAAGAUGCAUCCUUUCUUUAAGGGCAUUGAAUGGAGCAAAUUAAGAGAGAUGUCAGCACCGAAGAUUGCUCUCGACUCGAAUGAUUCGACGGGGGAGUCAAAAAAAAGUAACUCAGACGUCGCCCUGUAUAAGACUUCAGCUUCAGGGUUUGGUUCUAAUACAACACCAUCAUUAGAAUUUCAUUCUGUUUUCUUGGCUUCAGUAGACUCUUUUGACUCUAGAUGGCAAGAGUUUCUGGAGCCUGGGGAGUCCAUUGUUUUGGCAUCUAAGCUUAAGAAACUGCGUCUGCUCACAAGCAAGAAAGUGCAGCUCAUCCUCACCAACAAACCCAGAUUAUUUUAUGUUAAUCCUUCGAAGUCAAUGGAAAAUAUGAAGAUAAUUUGGUCUGAUAACCCUAAUGGCAUUAGCGUCCAGGUCUUAAAUCCUUCACAUUUCAAGGUUUGCACGCCAAUGAAGCUCUCAUCGUUUGAGGAUAAAAAACAGCUUGCAUGGCAUUGGAAGAGGGCGAUUGAAGGCCUUGCAAAUCACUGAAUUCACUUCUUGGACCCAAGAUUAUGCCUUGUAAGUUCAUUUGGUUGCUUGAAGUUAGAAAUAACUUUUUGAAAAUAAUUAUGAUAUUUGCUAAAUCCUUCAUUUGAUCAAAUCUAAUUAAACACCAAUAACCUUCUCAAAAAUGAUGAUGAUUUUAUUUUCACUCAAAAUAAUUGAAAACAAAAUCCUCAUUUUUUAAAACAUUUUUUCACUAGAAGCGACCCAAUUAGCCAUAAAGCAUCUUUUCCAUCUACAAGCAACCAAAUGAAAACCUAAGAGCAAUUAUCUUUAGCAAGGAAGGAACAAGGUUAUUUUAAGAGCUCCCUUCUGCAAUCAAAUCUACAAGCAAAAGGUCAUCCCAGUAACAGGGAAGAUUGCCAACUAGUUUGAAUUUGGUUUAUACCAUAGAUUGAAUUGUAGUUUUUUAGCCUUUGUUGGUGUACAGAACUGUUUGUGCAUAGAAGAAGGCCAGAAAUGGCGUUGGAGCACAAUUUUUGAAAUCUUUUCAGUUUCCAAACGUUAUAUGCAAAUGUUUGCAUAUGCUGGAGAUAAACUGCAUGUGGUCUUAAGUGAAUUUUGAUAUGAAUAGUAUACU